GCAUCCCAUAUCUUAGCUCCAGUCCACUUUUCCAUUAUCCACCCCCCCUCCACUCUAUCUGUUCAAUGUGCGUACGGAGUAUACAUAUCAAAUUGCCCCCCCUCUCCUCCAUAAGCUCAUCUCGUCUCAUCUCAACAAUCAAUCGUCGAGUUACCUUCCUCAUUCAAGAGUAGAGCAAUUGGAAACUUUAGAAAGACUUCAACCCUUUCUCCCAAGUUACUUAUACUUCUUACAUCUACUUGAGCAUCUACUUCAGCAUCUACUUCAACAUCUGUAUCUCCAUCUACAUCUAUACCCAUAUCUAUACCUACAUCUAUCUUCUUACCCACCCUCAGUAUCUUCCAUCCUGUACAACGAGGUACAGCAUCGACAUAUACGACCGUCCUAUCCUCUCCCACCCUGCCUCCCUUAUCUAUCUUCCCAUUCCAAGACAUCGGAUUCGCAGAGCAUAGUUCCCCAAGAUCCAUUGUGUGGGAAAUUAGAAGAGGUCUCAGCAGGAUCCUUGAAAGAAGAUUGGAUUGCAUUUGCAUUUGCAUUGCAUUGUUGUUAUCUCUCACAUUAUCAACUCAAAGAGCCAAUAAUUGGCCGAAGCGAGAACGACCCAUCAUCCAAUACACCCGCCACAAUACGACAACGCUACCCCGAGAUUAAAUAAAACCGAAUUCCUGCUACUUACGCAUCCGAUUCUACACGAUCUUCUAUUAUUUUCCCUUCCUCUCUACAAGUACAAGACAUCUGAAGUCUGAACCAGUUCUAAUAACAUACAUCGUAAUCAAUAAUCACUCAGUCACCGAUUCACAUUUAUACUUUAUUGAUCAUCUAUUUAUCAAUAGAAUAUAAUUGUGGUUACUCAUCCGCAACCAAACAUCAGUUCGCAUUUGGAAGUUGGUUCGAGAAGAACUUUCCCAAGGAGCCUUUAUAUUGAUUGUAAGGCCUACGAUAACCGCAUCGUCAACCUGCUGUCUUCUAUUCUUGGGAGGCGCAUAUCAACAUCGCCGCCGUUCGGUCGCUGUUACUUUGAGUCGUUCUAAUCGAUCAGAGUCAGAAGAGCAGCAUUUCGCCAACCCCUCUUACCCUUCUACUCGUAUCUUCUCCAUCCAUCCUCGACUCUCAUAUCAAAAAGUGAGAGUGAAGUUCCAUGUUCUUCGAAACAAAUCGACAGACUUCCUACCCUCCUCCUACUACUACUUACGACUUCACAACUGAGAAAUCGAGAGUGAUGUCUACAGAUUUCGCAAUGCCGGUCCAACAAUUCACGGCCUCUCCUUCUCAAUAUACCCUCUACAACAGCCAACAAAUAUCUCCGACAAAUACCACUCCGCCAACCCCAAAUAAUGCUUCUCCUACUUCACCAAGAAAUGGACUGCCAAAUUAUCUACCAGCACAUACUAGACAGUUGCGACCACCCAAGUCCCCAUUGUAUGUGCCAGCGGUUUUGAGACCGACAGAUCCACCCAAGAGAAUGAUGAAGCCAUCGCCACUUACUCCACCACAAAGCAUGCACAGCAGCUUUGAUGAUUUGGAGAGCGCAACAACAUUGACUAGACGAUCGACUGGAGACAGCGGAAAGUUCGGAUUGGGCGCAAUAACUGAAUCUGAAUGGAGUGUCGAGGGACUUGGAAAGGUAACCGCAUUGCCAUCAAGAAAUCACUGGAAGCCUGAUUCCGAAUCCUCUAUCUGCGACGAAACUACUUGCACAAAAUACUUCACCUACUUUACAAGGCGGCAUCAUUGUCGGCGCUGUGGAAACAUUUUCUGCGAUCAACACUCUGGUUAUUCAAUCCCUCUUGAUCAAGAUGCCAAUUACCACCCAAAGGGUACUCAAAGCCGCUCCUGCGAACACUGCUGGCACGAGUAUAGAAGCUGGUCUAUUGCACGAUCCAGUCGAUCCAACAGCGAAAGUUCUCAGGACGAACCUAGAACUCCUACUACUCCAGUGGUCAAUUGUGUCAGAGGUAGAGUUGUUGACAAUCUCAUCGGCCAACAAUUGAAAGGUCCACCCGAAAGUCUUCCAGCAAGUGUCCCAAGAGAUUGGCACUGGAGCACUUUUUAGAUGAAUCUUCGAACAUUACACAUACACUUGGACGUUUAUGAAUUCUACGAAUUCCCUUCUUUUAUGAUACCACAAUUACGAUAAGAAACGGCCUAUUUGAGAGAGAGAGAGAGAGAGAGAGAGAUGUAUGAACUCCCACAUAAUUUUCAACCAACAUUGGCAGCCAUCUUUUCAACAAUUUAAAGCUUGCUGCGAGUCGGAUUUAGCGUUGCUACCGCCUGAUUUCAUCGCGUUGAAUACCCAAAGAUCCAGCUUACUUUUCGAUCAUCUUUGAACUAGGCCUUUGUGCCAGAGCAAUAUACUAUUGCUUGCUUAUCUUUUGAUUUUUUGAUGGGGUGUUUGUUUUUUGGCAAAGAUCUUCAUACAUAUUACAUUUUAGACUAAUUGUCUGUUUGCUUUUUGCGUUUGCAGUUGCUUUAGCGUGGGGGUUUUUUUUGGUUGAUGCAAUACAAUGGGACGCGUAUAUAUCAUUUAGACUUUGAUAUUGGCGAAUGAUGGAAGAUCGGGUGUUUGAUGGAAUGGAUCAGUUAUUCCAAAGGAUGGCGUAUCGGGAAUGAUAUGAUCACGGUCAUGGACUUAUGGGAAUGGGAUUGAUGAAUGAAGAUCGAGGCAUGGUAAUAUCGCGGGUAUGAUGCGAUGGGUGGGGUGUUUUGAAAUGGUGGGAGAAGAUGGAAUGAAUAUAAGGAUCGAGUCUUGUCGUAAGGUUAGAUUAGAUAUCAUAGCUUCACUACAAUGAAAGUUUGAAGAUUCA